AUGCCUCGCUGCGUCCCAAGUACCUCCCGUGCCGCGCGCUGUGACCCGCUUCGCGCGGCUCCGCCAGCCAGUCGUCCCCCGCGCCGCGCGGGCCGUGCGGGUGCGCUGCGUUCCCGUUUCCUCGCAACGCUGGAAUGUCCUCCGCGGCGCUGGGUCGCAGCCAACCCGCGCCUUUUUGCCGCGCCACGACGUCUCCGGCGUGACUCAACCGCGCUGCUGCUGCCGGUGCUGCUGCUUCUCACCCUGCAGCUGCUCCCCUCCCCGCUCUUAACUGACGUGUCCGCGGAGUCUAAUGACGUGUCGCCGCCCGUACCAGCGAGCCCGAGUAGCACCAAGGCCCGUCACUUGGCUAGUACUAGACCGAGCGACGAGGUUGCUUCCAGCGCGCAGCAUUCCAACGCCAGACCACCCCCUCGCGUGCCUGACGGUACUGCCGCUGCAAGUGGCUCCGGCUCUCGCGGAAAAUGCACCGGAGAAAAGUGCCAGCAGCCCCGUACACAUCCGAAGCAGCCUGCAGCACGCCACGCGCCCACCAGCAAGCAGUCUGUCGCAGUGCGAGGCGGCUCUGCUGUGCACGCCACCGCCGUGAACCCGCCUGCUAAAUUCCCUUCCACCCGUCGCCGCUCACCUCUUCCCUCACCCUCGAAAAAGAAACCCUUAGUGUCAUCGUCGUCGUCGCCGUCGUCGUCCUCCUCCUCCUCCAGCCUUCAGCCGGCCACACAGAGACCAGCAGCAGCAGCAGCAACGACAGUGGGGGCAGGGGAGAGAGCAGGAGGAGCGGCGCAGCUGCAGAGCAGCAGCAAGGCGAGCGCGCGGGCUGGGAGCGCAGCAGCAGCAGCAGCACCGUCGCCGUUGGAGAAGAUUAUUCAAUGGAUCAGCCAGAUCAUGGGGCGCCGCAAGCGCAAGAACAACCGCCCCCCAAGUCCUCCUCCAAUUGAUCCGCGCCUGGGGCUGAAGCCGCCCAAGGCGGAGGUGCUGGAGGAGGCGCACGCGAGCUUCAACCCGGUGUCGCCGUUCGUCACCACGGGGGUCACGUUUGACGCUGCCACGGGUGUGCCGGACUACUUCUCCACGCUGGAGGCUGCUGUUGACCACUCGGAGAUCCUCAGCGACCCGGGCGACCAGGGCAUGUGCGCCUCAUGCUGGGCGUUUGCAGUGGAAGCGGCGGUGCAAGGCGCGUUCCGUCUGUUCUCGGGGUAUUUCACGACAAAGACCAGCCUGGCGGUGCAGCAGGUGUUGGACUGUUCCGUGGGCGGCUGCCGGGGGGGCUAUCCCCAGGACGCUCUGCAGAUGUGGACGGAGAGGAAUGUGACUGUGAGCGAUGUGUACCCUUACACAGCCAAGAAGGGCGAAUGCAAGGAAGCGACAGCACCGCACGGACAAUCCCAAUCACAGAGCCACCUCUCUUCCUUUUCCUCUCACUCCUCAUCUUCCCCAUCGUUCCCCUCCUCCGCUGGCGCUUCCCUCUCCUCCUCGUCCUCCUCCUCGUCCUCUGCUGCGUCCGUGUCCCCGCUGGGCUAUGUCUCGGGGGUAUCGGUGUCAAUCAACAUGUUCGAGCAGGUACCGCUGCCGGGAGCGGUGGGGCUGAUGCGGGUGCUGAUGAAGCAGCCAGUGAUAGUGAGCAUCUAUGCAUCCAUGCAGGACUUUCAGGCGUACGAUGACAGCGGCAGUGUGUAUGACAACGAGGAGUGCUUCGACCCGUCCGCGCCCGUGCUGGACCACGUGGUGCUGGUGACGGGGUACGUGUUCGGGGGCGUGUCGUCCAACGAGAACUACUUCAUCAUCCGCAACAGCUGGGGCACAAGCUGGGGGCUCAACGGCUACAUGCUCAUCUCCAUGACAGCUGGUGCCGCGGGCAUCUGUGGGAUGACGUACCAGCGAGGGCUGUACCCCGUGCUGCACAGCGGGGCGAGCGCGCCAGUGAACUCGUAUCAGGUGCAGGCAGGGGACACGUGCUACGGCAUCUACGUCUUCCACGGCCUCUCAGAGGCCGACUUCCUCGCACAGAACCAGGAUGUGGACUGUAACAACCUGCAACAGGGCACAUACGUGCAGGUGGAGCGAACCACCAAGCCCGUAUGCUCCGUGCGCUAUCCAAUUUCCCAGGCGGAUGCAACGGCAGGCAACUGCAAUGCCAUCAACACGCGCUUCUCCAUCGAUGCUGCUACUAUCAAUCCCGGGCUCGACUGUGCCAACUUGGUCCCGGGACAGCAGAUCUGUGUGGAGUGGAGUGACUUUGAGAAAGGCUCAAGCAACUACAUGCUGUGCACGCAGUACCAGGACAUCACGCCCACCACCACGUGCGCGUCUGUUCUCUCCACGUACGACCUCACGUGGCGCUCCCUCUACCGCUUUAACCCCGGCUUGCUGUGCGACAAUAUCAAUGGGCUUGCUGGACAAGAGGUAUGUGUUGCCGGGGAGCCACUGGGAGCGGUGGCGUGCGGUCCCUCGCGGUCCAAAAAGGUGGCAAACCGCAAGUACUCGGUGCAAGGAGGCGACAGCUGUGCCUCUCUUGUCGUUGUGCAGUUCAAGCGCCAGUACCCUCUCGUUUCAGAGCUAAAUCGAGGAUGGAUGUGCCGAACUCAAAGCCUUUACCAAGGAAUGCCCAUAUGCAUUCCGUCCUAG